AUGAAAAUAACAGUUAAAACAUUAAGUGGUGUAACCAAAGUAUUCGAAGUCGAACCAUCCGAUAAAGUUUUUAAGCUGAGAUUAUUAAUCUGCGAAUGGUUGGGUGUUACAUAUCAUGGAAAUGGGCUCCGACUUCAUCCAGGUCCGAUGGAUGACGAUCAUACAUUCGAAACGUAUGGAAUUGUUUCUGAUAAAACAAUUCCUGUUACGCUUGGCGUUUGCGCAAUACCCUUGCAUGACAAAACAUACUUUUGGUAA